GUUGGUGUGACGUCAUUGCUUGUAGCCACGUCCAUGUUGGGUGAAAACUUGGACAAAGUGGGCACUUCGGUACACUUUCUUACAUUAUAUGUGAUUUAGUUAGCAUUGGCGACUAAUGUGUUCCGAAAAUCUUGACGUCUUUUUAAAGCACACUUUGGCAGUGAGUCACCAAUGUCUCACCGUGGAGUCUUAACGGUUAAAAAGCGCAGCCCACACUUGUUUCGGAUGGCCGCUUACAGCCACUCUUCGGCCAGUUUCUUCCACGGAAAACCUCCCCGUUCCUCCAUAGCGAGUCGCGUCCGUAUUGUAUGAACCGUGCUGGAGAAGGACAGCGGCGAGAGGUCGCUUGGCCGGGGGGCUUCGCCGCCAACAUCACUACUAACAACAGUGGAGCCGGUCGGCGGGGCGUCACCAUGAGGAUGCCCCGAGGAGGACGCCUGUUUCUGGCGACGUGCCUCGGCUCACUCGUGGUCCUGGUGCUUUACUACCAGAGUAUCAGCAAGCCCGAAGCCAGUGUUGGAGCAGUCAACAGACCAGGCAAAAGCAGGAGAAGCCCCCUGCAGGCCCUCUACAGUGGAGACCAGCAGCUUGAGGUGUUGGCUGCUCAGGGGUCACUACAAGGUCGCAGGGAGUUGUUGGAGCAAGCUUGUCUCAGUCAUUCUACGAAGCGUCGGGUGCUCUCUCCAGAGGAUCUCAAACACCUCAUAGUGGACGACAACCAUAGUCUGAUUUACUGCUACGUACCCAAGGUCGCCUGCACCAAUUGGAAGCGCGUCCUCAUGGUUCUCACCAGCGACGGCCGCUACACCGACCCCCUGUCCAUCCCCGCCAACGAGGCCCACAUAGCGGGCAACCUGCGUGCGCUGUCCGAGUUCUCUGUUCCAGAGAUCAACCGCCGCCUCCGCACCUACCUCAAGUUCGUCUUUGUGAGGGAGCCUUUCGAGCGCCUGGUGUCAGCCUACCGCAACAAGUUCACACGCAGCUACAACACGGCUUUCCACAAACGUUACGGAACUAAAAUCAUCCGGCGCCACCGGACUAAACCCGACCCAGAAGCCCUGGAGAAAGGGAAUGACGUCUCUUUCCAGGAGUUUGUACGGUAUCUUGUGGACCCUCAGACUCAACGCGAGGAGCCUUUCAAUGAGCACUGGGAGAGGGUACACUCCCUUUGCCAACCGUGUCUCAUUCAUUACGACAUUGUGGGCAAGUAUGAGACUCUGGAGCCAGAUGCCCAAGCUGUGCUUUCCUUGGCAGGAGUGGAGGACAAGCUUCAGUUCCCCACGUCUGGUAAAAUCACCAGGACUGACGGCAACAUGGCGGCACGCUUCUUUAAGCACAUUAGUCCCUUUUAUCAGAAAAAACUCUUCAAUCUCUAUCGUAUGGACUUCUUGCUGUUCAACUACUCCACACCGGAGUAUCUCAGAACUUGAUGAUAGCUUAAAUGUAAUCAAUUAGGCUGUUUUAUGAUGUGAGCAAUUGUGAAUUUGCACUUUUUCAUCACCAUGGACUCCUCUUCCAUGCGGGAUGACGAGCCUUUUCUGCAGAGAGUCACGUGAUGGUUCUGAACCGAGCCAUAUCACUUUCUGACGACCACCACAAGGGAUCAAACAUGAGGAGUUAUUUAUGAGGAGCAGGUUCUCCUCUUGUGAACUUUCAGCUGGAUUUACACUCAGGGUCUUAGUACCCAUUACCCAUUUAAUGGCUUUAAAUGAUGCUCCUAUUUACAUGCAUUUUCAAGUGAGCCAUACUGUUUAGUUGGCAUGGGAUGAUUCUCCUCAUUGAUUUCACUAUUUACCAUGCUUGGAUUGUUUGGGUAGACAUGCGUAUAUUUCAACUACGUGCAUCGACAGAUAUCUGAUGUGUUGUUUUGACAUUUCAAAGAGGCCUGAUUGCGACAUUUUUUUUCCUCUGAAAUGUGUCACUUGAACCUUGUAGUGCAAAUCCAGCCUAAAUUAAAGGCCUUAAAUUAUA